UUCCCGACCGGGAACUCGUUUUCACACUCUUCUCUUCUCUCUUGUAACUCUUCUUUCUUCGUAGUAGUGUCAGAGUAUCCAAAGCUUGGAUUUUUAUGCGAGCGGAGUUGGUUUUCGGAGAUGGGGAACUCGUCGCGUUGGAUCAAAUCGCUCAUUGGCCUCAAAAAGCAGGAGAAGGAGGACAAUGAAAAGGUGGGGAUUGUUAGUGGUGGUGGUGGAUGGGCGAAGAGGAGGAAGUGGAAAAAACUGUGGAGGAGCUCGUCACGCGGAAGUAGUCGCCGGUCAGCUUCGGAGGUGGCGUCUGAUGCUUCGUCUGUCGAUGCUUUCAGUGCCGCAGCGGCGACGGUGGCUCGGGCGCCGCACAGAGAUUUCGUGGUGGUGAGGCAGGAGUGGGCUGCCAUUCGGAUCCAGACUGCCUUUCGUGGCUUCCUUGCAAGAAGAGCACUGAGGGCAUUGAAAGGAUUGGUGAGGCUUCAGGCUUUGGUUCGAGGCCGACAAGUGAGGAAGCAGGCUGCAGUGACCUUGAGAUGCAUGCAGGCACUUGUAAGGGUCCAGGCACGCAUUCGUGCUCGGCGUGUGCGCAUGUCUACUGAGGGGCAGGCUGUGCAGAAGAUGCUUGAGAGUCGCCGCACCACAAUGGAUAUCAUGAAAGAGGCAGAGGAAGGAUGGUGUGAUAGUCAAGGAACAUUAGAUGAGAUAAGAGAAAAGCUGCAAUCAAGGAAAGAGGGAGCUAUUAAGCGGGAGAGAGCUCUUGCUUAUUCUCUAUCCCGUCAGCAAUGUAGGCAAACAUCGAAUGGAAUGUCAAACACUCCUAUGGUUUCUCUCAAGCACCAUGAGCUUGAUAAGAGCAACUCAGGCUGGAGCUGGUUGGAAAGGUGGAUGGCAGCUAAACCAUGGGAGAACAGAUUGAUGGAGCAACAGACCCAGACUGACCCUUCUGCAAUGCAUUUCUCCAAAAAAUGUGAGGACUUGCAUGGAUUUCAUUCAACACCUGAACCAGUUUCUGUCAGGAUUAAGAAGAAUAAUGUGACAACUAGAAUUUCUGCAAGACCUCCACCUUUACUCAACAGUAAUCGAGUUAGAACUCGGUCUGGUUCAACUCCGAGCACUGAAUUUCAUUGUGAUGAGAGCUCCCCUUCAUCUUCUUCUAUUUGCACAUCUACUCCAAUAUCAGGUAGCACAGCAUUGGCAUCUGAAAGAUCUGAGCAGAGUAGUAGCUUGAGGCCGAACUACAUGAACUUAACUGAAUCAAUCAAAGCAAAGCAGAAACCUGGCAAUAACUUCAGAACCACGGUCAUAAGACAGCCGUCCGGAGAGCUUCAGUAUUAUAACAAGUUGAAUGCUUCUACUAUUGACUCAAAAAGCAGUGAUGGUUCAGAUCCUUCAGUGACCUAUUCCAAAGUGUUAAAUGUGAUGCCACGGAGGGAUAGGAAGGAAGUGAGAAGCAUUGACAAAGAGAAUUGUUAUUUUGAUGCUUGAUUAGCUUUUGAGUUUUUCUGCCGUCUUGUGUUAAGUAUAUUUCCUUUCUUUCUUGAGUGGUUUCAUAUGCUUUUGGUGUUCAACAUCUUGUUGUGUUUAAAUGUUUGUUCAGACAUUUGAGAGGUGAGAGUUGAAAAGCUUCGUUAUCUUUGUAAAAUACUAUUUUCUUGUAUGAACACUAUUAUCUUGAUUGUGUGAAAGCGGUGUAUUUUGGUUGCUAAGAAUCUAAGCUU